UCCAAGUGAUGAAGCAGAACUUAUCAAACACUGAGGUCAGGAGUCUUUACACCGUGAGACAGGAGGUGAUGGAUGACGUCCAUCACUGCACAUCUUAAACUCCAUCAUUUUCCUUGUCACUGUUUGCUUCAUUUCCUGUUUCUCUGUGCUGCAGAAGAAAUCUAUUCGAGGACACGAGCGCCGGGCUUUUAUUUUGAAGGAGAGCGCGGCUGGCGCGGGGCCGCGCGGUGCAGCUUGACGCAUCCUCCUGUCUGCUUGUCCCCAGCAGCCCCGACCAGAGAGGGAGCGGGAGGACAAGGCGGUGGAGAGAGAGAGAGGGAGAGCUGGUCUGCGGGCUGUUUCACGUCUUUUUCUGACUGUUUUUUUCGCGGGCUGCUUUGGGAUCUAGCAGCGGGCUGUGACUGUGAGUGACCCCGGGCUGAGCCGCUGCUGCUGCCCGCCCCGCAUGGCUCCGGAUCCGCUGGGAACUUCUCCGUAGAGCCGCGCGGGUCUGGUGCGUUUUGGAGGAGGAGUACGAGGAGGAGGUUGCUGGCUGGAUUAUUACACACUAUACACACACACACACACACCACACACACACACACACUCUACACACAAAAGCCCACUGGACGACACGCUGUCCCGGAGCCCGGGCCUGGCUGCGGGUCGUGGUUUUCCGCAGCGCCUCUCGGACCUGGGGGUAGAUGUUGGACGGGGACCCGGGGGCCAGCGGGACUCGACCUGGCGGCGCAGCGGCGGCCGCCUCCACCUAGAGGGAAGAUGUGGCUCUCCGGGCUGAGCCUCGCGCUGCUGCUGGGAACUUUGUGUGCAGGACUGAGCCAUGGGGAAGGCGACACCAGGGAGUGUCUGUACUACAACGUCAACUUUGAGAUUGAGAAGACCAAUCAGAGCGGAGUGGAGCGCUGCGAGGACGAGAAGGACAAGCGCUCGCACUGCUACGCCUCCUGGAGGAACAACUCGGGCUCCAUCGAGCUGGUGAAGAAGGGCUGCUGGCUGGACGACUUCAACUGCUACGACAGACAGGAGUGUGUGGCGACGGAGGAGAGUCCUCAGGUCUUCUUCUGCUGCUGCGAAGGAAACUUCUGCAACGAGAGGUUCACACACCUGCCCGACGCCACGGGACCACUGAUCAAAGCUCCGCCCCCCAGCGUCGGCGUGUUAAACGUGAUGAUUUACUGCCUGCUGCCCGUCACCAUGCUGUCAGUCACUCUGCUCACCGCCGUCUGGAUGUACCGACACCGGAAACCUCCGUACGGACACGUGGACAUCACUGAGGAUCCUGCUCCUCCUCCUGCCUCCCCCCUGCUGCGUCUCAAGCCCCUGCAGUUGCUGGAGGUGAAGGCCAGGGGGCGCUUCGGCUGCGUCUGGAAAGGCCAGAUAAUGAAUGAGUACGUGGCCGUCAAGAUCUUCCCCAUCCAGAAUAAGGAGUCGUGGCAGAACGAGAGAGACGUGUUCACCACACCAGGUAUGAGGCAUGAAAACAUCCUGAGGUACAUCGGCGCAGAGAAACGAGGGAGUCACCUGGAGGCCGAGCUGUGGCUCAUCAGCGAGUUCCACGAGCGGGGUUCUCUGUCGGACUUCCUGAAGGGGAACGUGGUCAGCUGGUCGGAGCUGUGUCACAUAUCCGAGUCGAUGGCGUGCGGCCUGGCCUACCUUCACGAGGACAUCCCCCGACAGAAAGGCGAGGGACCCAAACCGGCCAUCGCUCACAGGGAUUUUAAGAGUAAGAACAUCAUGUUACGUUCAGACCUCACAGCAGUGAUCGGUGACUUUGGUCUCGCCGUUCUCUUUGAGCCAGGGAAACCACCUGGAGAGACACAUGGACAGGUAGGGACCAGGCGUUACAUGGCUCCAGAGGUUUUAGAAGGAGCCAUCAACUUCCAGCGAGACGCCUUCCUCCGAAUCGACAUGUACGCCAUGGGGCUGGUGCUGUGGGAGCUGGUGUCCCGCUGCAAGGCUGUUGACGGUCCGGUGGAUGAGUACAUGCUGCCGUUUGAGGAGGAGGUCGGUCAGCACCCGUCACUGGAGGACCUGCAGGAGGUCGUCGUCCACAAGAAGAUGAGACCGGCCUUCAAAGACCUCUGGCUCAAACACAGCGGUCUGGCUCAGAUCUGUGAGACGGUGGACGAGUGCUGGGACCACGACGCCGAGGCUCGUCUGUCGGCCGGCUGCGUGGAGGAGAGGAUCUCCCAGGUGCGCCGCCUCAACGCCACCAUCACCCCGCCUACCUCCGACCACCAUGCCCUGCUGGUCUCCGCGGUCGCUCCUGUUCCCAUGGUAACCAACGUGGACCUGCCGCCCAAAGAGUCCAGUAUAUGAGGAGAGCGUCAAAAUGUGAUGGAACAAAACAACAAAACUAAACUUUUCUUUGGAGGCCUGUUGUUACUGAGGAUUUUUCUUUCCUGACGUGAGGUUCAACUUCCUCUGAAAACCCCCCCAACACACACACACACACACACACACACACACACACACACACACACACACACCUUUUCUCAGUGGAAUUUUACAACCUACACCAGAUUCAGCAUGAAAGCAGCUGCUACUUUAUCUUUUUGGAUUGUGUUUUUUACUCUUCAUCCUUUGGAACAGAUAUUACCAGCACACGUCCUCGUUUGUCCUCAGUAUUCAGUCAUUCAUGUUUUUUUAACCACGUGUGUGUGUGUGUGGAAAAACAAAGCAAACACACACACACACACACACACACAGGAAAACACUGAAACGCGUUCAGGUCCCGACUCAGUGAAUGCUCUUCUAUCUCCAGGUACCUCAGCGACGACUUUCGUUACUUUUUUAUGGUUUUCCUCGUGCAUUCUUCUUCUUCUUCUGUUUCUCCGACGCAUCUGGAUUUAUCUACCUACCUGGCAACUUCGCAACCGUGUCACCUAGCAACCACCUACCAUCAACCUACCGUUGGGAUGUUUUUUUACCACAAUGCUGCAAAACCCUUGGAGGAACACGAUGACUGUUACACAAACAACGACAGCAAAGGUUUUUAAGUUGAGUUUUUCUACCUUUUCUCGGACUCUUCUUCUCUUCUGUUUUUCUCCUGUGACCACACGUCACUAUCCACACACGACAAACCUUCGGAUCCAACGGGUUGUAUCCAAAAAGACAGGAAACAGGGAGUGAGGUCAGAAGGAAAGAUGCCAGAGAGACUGGAUGAUGUUUGUUUCCUUUCUCUCUUUUUUGUGUUCAGCUGUUUUAGUUUGAGGUUGAAGACUGAGAGAAGUCUGACGGGAUUGGUUGUCAGGAACCAGGAGGCAAACAUCUUGCAUGCAGAGAUUUGAUUGGCUGUCUGCGCUCAACCACAGCAUUUUGGUUGGCUCAGAAAUAAAACUUCUCAGGUAACCAGGUCUACAGGGGU